CAGCGCACGGGUAGGGCCGCGGCCCAGAGCGGGGAGCCUUUCCUCACGCCCAGGGCGGAAGCGAGGGCGGCGGUGCGGGAAGCCGCGGUGGGAUGCGGCUGACGAGGACGCGGCUGUGCUCGCUCCUGGUCGCCCUGUACUGCCUCUUCUCCAUCUACGCCGCCUAUCACGUCUUCUUCGGACGCCGCCGCCGGGCGCCGGGCGCGACCUCUCGGGGCUCCAGGAAAGCAGCGGCGGCGGCGCAGGCGAAGGAGAGGCGCGGCCGAGAACAGUCUGCUUUGGAGAGUGAAGAAUGGAAUCCCUGGGAAGGAGAUGAAAAAAACGAGCAGCAGCACAGAAUUAAAACUAGCCUGCAUCUACUAAACAAAUCCACAAAAGAGAAAAUAGAACACAAUGUCCAAAUCUGGGGCAAAGCUGCCAUUGGUCUGUAUCUCUGGGAACAUAUUUUUGAAGGGAGCCUUGAACCCACUGACGUGACGGCUCAAUGGAGGGAAGGACAGACGGUUGUAGGAAGAACGCACUACAGCUUUAUCACUGGCCCAGCUGUAGUUCCAGGAUACUUCUCCAUAGAUGUGGACAAUGUGGUCCUUGUUUUAAAUGGAAGAGAAAAAGCAAAAAUCUUCCAUGCCACCCAGUGGUUACUGUAUGCACAGAAUUUAAUGCAAACCCAAAAACUGCAGCAUUUGGCUGUUGUCUUGCUGGGAAAUGAGCACUGUGAUAAUGACUGGAUAAUUCAGUUCCUCAAAAGACACGGAGGCUUUGUGGACCUGCUCUUCCUAACAUAUGACAGCCCGUGGAUUAACGGUGCAGAUGUUCUCCAGUGGCCGUUAGGUGUAGCAACGUAUAGGAAGUUUCCUGUAGUUGAAGCCAGCUGGUCCAUGCUGCAUGAUGAGAGGCCCUACAUAUGUAAUUUCUUAGGAACUGUCUAUGAAAAUUCAUCAAGACAAGCGCUAAUGAACAUUUUAAAACAAGAUGGAAAUGAUAAACUUUGUUGGGUUUCUGCAAGAGAGCAGUGGCAGCCUCAGGAGACAAAUGAAAGUCUUAAGAAUUACCAAGAUGCUUUGCUACAGAGUGACCUCACAUUGUGUCCUGUAGGAGUAAACACAGAAUGUUAUAGAAUAUAUGAGGCCUGCUCUUUUGGCUCCAUUCCUGUAGUAGAAGAUGUGAUGACAACUGGCCACUGUGGCAACACGUCCAGACACCAUAGCGCUCCUCUGCAGCUACUCAAGGCCAUGGGUGCCCCCUUUAUCUUCAUCAAGAACUGGAAGGAACUUCCUGCCAUUUUAGAAAAGGAAAAGACUAUCAUUUUACAAGAGAAGAUUCAAAGAAGAAAAAUGUUGCUUCAGUGGUAUCAACACUUCAAAGCAGAACUAAAGUGGAAAUUUACUAAUAUUUUAGAAAGUUCAUUUUUUAUGAAUAAUAAAGGCUAACCAUAUCUAGUA